UUCGUUUAGGAACUUCCGCUCGUGCGAUUGAUUGUUGUAGUCUCGAAUAUUUAGACUAAUGCAAGUAGAAUCUGGACAAAAUGACCAGAGGUUCGUACACGUUUCGUGAAAAUGUCCCCGAAUGUGAGCAUGAUACUUCUUACAGAUCAUGUCUUUGUGCUUUAUUAUUGCUUUUAUGCAUUUGUUUAAUAACUGUGAUUGCCGGUAUGAUUUGGACAUACAGGAUAGUUAUUGAAAAAAUUCACGAUCCUAAGUUGGAUAGGAGUGCUACUUCUUCAGAUCAAAAAUAUGUAUAUGAAGAAAUUGCACCAACAAAUCAUGAAAUCAUUACGAGAACGACUACCACAUUAUUAGCACGAACUUCAAGGAAAGAUACAUUUCAAAGUAACACACCAUUUGCAGCUACAACAUCGUACUUCAAAGAAACAAGCACCUCUACCCCUAAACAAAUACCUCCUGAAACAGAAAAUACGACCUUGUUCGAAAAUUACACAUUCAAGGAUGAUAACAUUAGCAAUGACUACAACGAAACAAGAACAUCAAGUGUUUUGAUAGAAGAGACGUCGUACAAAUACGAAACAGAAGGGGAAACGGUUUUUGAAACUACCGAAAGUUUGGGAAAUACUUUAGCAAUUGAUGACACGAUAACUACAGAUGCAGAGACCAGCGGAGAAGUUCAAACAACAUCCUCACCAGAUGAAACAGAUCAUGAAUCUGAAACAGAAGACUAUUCACGAGUUACAUAUGGGACUGAGAGAGAAUUUCGAACAAUAAAAUCUUCACUAGCAAUAAACGAGAUUGUAAGUGAAGCUCAAACAACAAUAUCUUCACUAAUGACAAACGAUGUUCAGAGUAUAAAUGAAGUUCAAACAACAAAAUCUUCACUAGGAACAAAUGAGGUUCAAAACACAAGUGAACUUCAAACAUCUACAUCUUUACCAGUUAGAAACACGGAAUUGUUUACUAAGUUAGAUACAAUUCGAACAAAUAGUGGAAGUUCUGAAAUUAAUAAUACCAUGCUACUCAGAAUAUCAACAGUUGACGAUAGAAUUAUUUUUAACCAAAGUUCUUUUGAAAAUCAACAGCUUUUGUCAACUACGAAAAAAGUAUCAGCAUUAACAACUGAAUACGAAAAUGAAACGCAUACAACCAAAGAUGCCCCCCAAAAGUCAACAGCGGCGUCACUACCACCAACAACGACGCCGCCAACAACGACGCCUUGUAUCCCAGUAGUCAAUCCAGCGAUGACAACGGCGCUUGUUACAAAAGCAGAGCCCGUAUGUUUUACAACUGGAUGUAAAUCAACGGCGUCCCGCAUGUUAAGCCUCAUGGACCAUUCCGCAGAUGCGUGUGAAGAUUUCUACCAGUUUGCUUGCGGUGGUUUGCGAGAGAAUUCUGCUGAUUCAAAUGUUUGGACCGCAAUAGCAGAGGAACUGGAUAAAAUUGAUGAAACCUCGUCACUACUGUAUUUACAAAAAUAUGCCGCUUUUUAUAAAAGUUGCGUAGAACAUGAAUAUAUUUUCGAAUAUGAAAAUCGAUUAAAAAGAAUUAAGGAGCUCGUAAACGAAGUAGGUGAAAUUUUUGUGAUACCAGAAGCUGACUCAGCUGUGGAUAUAACAGAAUUAUUUGCCAAAUUGGUCUUGAGAUCUUCACUGCCCUUUAUGGAUGUUUACAUUGAGGAGGAAAAACAAAAUUCAACUUUCGUUUUUCAGUUGACUUUGCCCGGCAAAAGUUUCGCAUUCAGUGGAACAGGACGUUGGUCAGCAGGAUCAGACGGUCAAAGGCGAUGUUUGAACGUGAUCCGAGGCCAGUUGCACGGCCGGAACUUGGACUUGGGAAAGAUUCACGAUGUGUAUUUGAACUGUCUCAGGAACUAUUCAAUAUAUUUUAAUUCAAUAGAAAAUGUCGUUAGAGCUCUCGGAGUUUUCUCUCAACUGCAUGCGUACAAUCAGACGCAAAGGAUACAGGAAUUGAGAUUCACGAUUGAGUGGAACAUACUGGAUCUUAUAACGUUCGAUUCGUUAAAUGUCAAAAAAAGUCUUGUAUAUAAAAAAUACAAGGUGCUUAAAAUAUCUGAUCUACAAAAAAAUUAUCCCCUGCUCCAAUGGAAGAAAUUUUUCGAAUUACUGAGUGGAAGGAAUAUCGACGAUAAUCUUUCCGUACACGUCUACUGUAUAGAAUAUUUUAAAAAUUUAUUUCAAGAACUUCGCAGCACACCUAAAAGGAAGUUAAAAAAUGCCUUAAUAGCAAUUUAUGCACGCGAAUUAUUUGAAAAUUUGGUUGUUACUCAAACUGGAAACGAUCGCGAAGAGUAUUGUUUGAAACUAUCUUCUUACUUAUUCCCAGAUGUGAGUUCUUUGUUGUAUUCUAAAACUUGGUUUCCGAAAUCGAAGGAAGUAACAGAAAAGUUCUUUGCAAAAGUGUUUCUCGAAUUGAAGCAUAAUUUUUCGAGAACUUUAAACAGUGUAGACUGGCUAGAUGAUACAACAAAGACAGCUGUUUUAUUGAAAGUGCAAAAUUUGAAUGUGGCUUUCGCUAAAGCUGACGAUAAUUACAACAAUAAGACUUAUAUGGAAGAAAAAUACUCAAAUUUGAAUGUAACUUCGGCAGAUUUUAUAGGAAACUUUGUACAGACCGAUAUAUUACGGAAGAAAGCGUUAUAUAGCUUGGAAGGAAACAAAUUUUCUUCUAAUUUAGUUUGGGGUCCGUUGAUUACUACAUAUGAGAUGAAACCAUUUACCGUUUAUUCAAAAAAGCUUACAAUAUUUCCGCCUGCUGUACUUAGAAAGUACGAUGUUAGUUUGCCAUCGUAUUUGACAAAAGCGCAGGUCGGAAUGGCCUUAGCUAGAGAAAUAGGUCAACAUUUCGAUUCGGUUGGAAGGCACUACGGUUUAAAGCUGAAAGGCGCUCAAAACUCAACAUACACUGCCAUGGAAACUUUCAUGAAAAACGUUCUUUUAAAAGAAUUGACAAGAACUUUAGGAAAACGGACGCUCAGAUUGAAGAUUGAUCCUGAAUUAUCAAUCAAAGAUCGAAUUGCUGAAAAUACAGGAUUUCGUUUGGUCUCUGAACACCUGGAAAAUUUGGACCAAGAGCCAUUACUGCCUUUCAUAAUGAAGACAUUUUCCCGAGAAAAAAUAUUUUUUAUAGCUGUUGCACAAGAAUAUUGUACAGAAAUAGAUCCCUACAAAUACAUGAAAGAUGCUUUUGAAUCAGAAACGUUGCCGGCACCAAUGAGGGUGGAAAAUAUAGUGUCCAACUCGGAAAUUUUUUCUGCGACGUUCGGGUGUCCUGAAGGAUCCAAGAUGAAUGAUAAUCCUGCUAAAAGUCAAUUCCCUUAUCUCACAAAAUCAGAAGAUUACGCUUAUUACGAAAAUGAAAAUUACAAGGACUCAUUGUAAAGUUUUUUACAAAUAUUUAUUAAUUUAGCUGUACAUACAUCUUGUUAAUUUUUAUGUCAUAUGAAUUAUGCAGUUAUUAAUUACUUGAAUACUAAAUAAGAGUGUGA